GUGUUUCCGUGUCCGGCCCCGCCCGGCCCUUUCCGCCCCGGCCGCCCGCGAGGUAUUGCUGCUUAGUGCCCUCAGCGGGGAUCCCGACGAGAUGCAGAACGACGCCGGGGAGUUCGUGGACCUUUAUGUCCCUCGGAAAUGCUCUGCUAGCAACCGAAUCAUUGGUGCCAAGGAUCAUGCUUCCAUUCAGAUAAAUAUUUCUGAGGUUGACAAGGUGACAGGCAGAGUGAACGGCCAGUUCAAGACUUACGCCAUUUGUGGCCCAAUCCGGAGGAUGGGUGAAUCAGACGACUCCAUUCUGCGCCUGGCAAAAAAUGAUGGAAUUGUUUCCAAGUAUGUAUGUUUAUGCUAUCCUCUAACUCUUGCAGGGGUAACUUCCAUACCCAAAUCCAGCUCUUAGGAUGACAGUGUGUACAUUGUAUUUAUAGGAUGAUUACACAGUUGCUCAAGAAUAUUUACUUGGAGCUGUUGAAGCAAAUUGGUUUGUAACAAUGUUUAUUUCAUUUUCUUGUAGGAACUUUAACUAACUUCGGUAUGGGACAUGUGAUGUGAAAUAAACAAUUCAGACCUGUAUUGUGCUGUGUCUUUUGUUCAGUUCAUAAACAUCGUCGGAUUUAUUAUGAUUGAAAGACUUAGAGAUGUGUAAAAAAUAUACAGAUUCUGAUCGUGAAUUCUUAAAAUAAAUCAGCUUGUUAAGGCAAGGCCAGAAUUGAAAUUCAGGAAUUUCCACUUCACUCUUUGAUUCACUGUCAUCUUUCCAGAUUUAAUAAGUUUUUCAGUUGUAGCACAAGUGCUUUUUUCAUCUGUGGUAGAGCAUUUCAGUUUGCUGCUUUUUCAGUGGAAAAACUAAGGGGAUUCUUCUCAUUUUGUUAUCACAGUUUAUUGGGUUUUCUGCUCAUAGAGGCUCACAAUAUUUCUUCUGCCAUUGACACAUUCUUUAAGUAAAUUAAUGAAACUGGAAUUCAUGGAAAAAUAACCAGGAAUACUUAUAUACUAAUAGAUUGCUUGCCAGUUGAGGGAGACUUAAAAGUUUUGCCCUUUUACUUAGGACUUCAGUGUUGAAAAGUGGGGAAUAAUUUUGGAAGAAAUAAAUCUGAAUAUUUGCCAAUAUUUUAAUAAAUUAAUUGAAAGCCCUUUAAUAGCUGGAAUAGACUUUCCACCUGCUGUUGUUUGAGGGGUUUUGCUAUCUUUCUAGCAAAACCAAGGGAGGAAACAAGCAGUUUGAAUGGUUCUGCUAAUAUUUCUUCUCUUAUCUGUUUGUUCCAAAUCUCUGCUUCAUUUCCAUCACUUUGUGCUUUUGAGCUAACACAGAAGUUUUUAUGAUGUAGUUUGACAGAGUUGUUUCAAGAUUUUACCUGUUUUGCUUGAGGUGUUUAGCUUUAAUUUGAGCUCGGUUUAUGUGCCAAAAACAUGCCAGAAAUACAGAAA